UGUGAGAGAGAGAGAGUGUCAGUGGUGAUCACUAUGUAACUGGGCGUGGAUACAGUGGUGUGUUUUCAUUUCCACUGGCUUCAAUAGCUACGUGGAUGGAUGCUCCCGGAUUAGCGGAUGUGUUCUACACCUUGCGGAUGCGUGUGGGCAUCAUCGUCACCUGCAGGGAAUCAUCGAGUCACGGAUAAAGAUCAACAACCGUGUCGUCGUCUCUUCGUCCCAUUUGAACACUGGACACUUGAACGCACCUCAGUGCAGUCAGACACCUGCGAUAAGAUGCUUUCAAAUGGAUAAGUCGACUCUUUGUUACUCUGCUUCAUAUGGCUUUUAUCAGCAGAGCAGGUUUGGGUGAGUGGGUGUGAUCAUCCAGACAGUCAGAUAUGGCAGUGAACGCAUCAGAACCGCUCUGCCAGCCGUGCUUUUACAAUGGGGCGUUCAAAGUGGAUCUACAGGUGAAGAGACCGCUGAUGCCGGUACAGCUGAGUCCUGAGCAGGUGGGCCUGGAGAUGCUGUGUCUUUGUGGGCAACUGGACCUUCUCAUCAGGGCACAGAUGCAGCAGUUCCAGGAGCAGUUAGGUCAAGGCUGCAGCCCAGAGGAAUCAGACACUUUCCAGGCUCAAGGAUCGGAGAUUCUUGAUCAGAUGCUGCAGUGCCUUGAACAUCUACCAAAACCUAUGCCACAGCUGGAGGACUACCUGGACAUGAUAGGUCUGUCAGUGAUGUUUCCUCGAGUGGAGGUAUUUCUCAUUCAAGGUAGCCCCAUGGACAUGUUAGAGAGGCCGCCAAUGGAUGAGUAUUUCUUCCACAUUGCCAAACUGAACCAACUCUUGGUGCUGAGUCAACAACUAGAGGAGGAUGUCAGGCAUCUUGGAAGUCAUAAAUACAUUGCCCACCAGCUCUCUGUGAUAUAUCAAGUCAUCAGCUCUUUCAGGGGAAUUCAGGUCUUCACUGAAAUAAAGAAAGAUAUUGAGGCCAACUUCAAACAGAUGAAAGAGUCUCUAGUGAAUGUUGAAGGCUCUCGGCAUGAGCCUCAACUGGCUGCUCACUACAUCAACUGGAUUUUAGAAAUAACUCAAAGCUUGACAUCGGUGGUGUUGUCACUACCAGAGGAACUGACAAACGACCUUCACCAGGCUGUGUUCUUCGUGUCGCAGUUCCUGUCCUGACUCAUGGUGGUGGCCACGUCUGACUCAACAGACCCUGAUGCUCUGAUGCUCCAGGUUUCUCCAGGAGUCUCCUGCUUCUAGAUAACAUGCUGUUGUGAAAAAAAAGGUGCUACAUGAGAAGAAUCAACUGAUCGAUGAUGGAGUUUGAAAGGCUGCUUCAUUUUUAAAUCCGAUACUGUAGGUUUUAUAUUUCCUGUUGAGUGUGCCUGUCACACCCUCACUUGUUUAGAAAUUAAUGCAAGACAGUUGAAUUCCUUCUUGCACUAAUCUUAAUAAUAACUACUGUUACCACUUUUUAACCUAUGGUGAAAUAAUAAAAUUGAAUGCAAUAGUGUGUUUGCCUGUUGUGGGACUGUCAUUGUCCUCACCUCAGUGAUUAACAUCGUCAUCACAUCAUGCACACAUUUGUUCUUGUCAUGGCAGGUAAAACACAGAUGUGGGGCUGCGUCUAAAGCUUGUUCACAUUAUGGAUCAGUCAGUAGAUAGUCUGGAGGAUGUAUUCAGAUUACCUGUUUUAUUCCACUGACCGAUGAUAUACAUAUGAUAUUCUCCGAUGAUAUUCGGUUUGCUAACAGAUAAAAGCUUUCCUUCUUUCUUUUUUUGUUUCUUUAUUUGUUUGUUUGUUUCUUUUUUUCUGAUAAUGUUAAAAGAAAGAUACAUUGUUUGGUUUGAGCCUGAGCCAGAUUAAUUAAUGUCCACACAAUAUUUGUUUUGUCCUACCACCAGUCAAAACAUGAAACUUAUAUUAAAUAAACUAUACAAUAGUAAAUAUUA